GGACGAGAUGAAGCAGUUCGUCCGGGACAAGCACCACCAGCUGCAGGAGACCUACUUCGAGGCCCUGGAGCUGAACGCCUCCAGCAUCCGCGCGCUGUUCAAGCUGCUCGACGCCGACAAGUCAGGCACGGUCGACAUCGCCGAGUUCUGCGAGGGCUGCCUGCGCCUGAAGGGCGAGGCGCGCAGCUUCGACAUCAAUUGCCUGCUGUACGAGCACCGCCGGAUGCACCAGAAGAUGAGCCAUCUGCUGAAGCACGUGCAGGACGGGGUGCCUCCGGAAGGUGGACAGCAAGCUGCUCAGGGACGAGGGCACCGCCGAGCGGCAGGCGCUGCAGCUCAGCGGCGUCGGCGGAGCAACCCCUGGCGCAUCGGCCGCACCGCCCACGCCGCGCCGCCCGCUCCGCCGCGCCUCGGCGCCCUCCUGACGGCCCUGUGAGGCGGCCGGCGCCCUCCACGGCGGAAGGCCCGCACCUUUGGAGCGGGCGCCCGGCGGGCCACCGCUGCGGUGUUCCCCCGCGCCACCUCGGCACGCCCUUCUCGGCGCCCCCCUCCGCCGCCCAUCUCCGACGCCGCGCGCUCUCCCCGCACGCCUCUUCCCCCUCGGGAGAGCGCGCCCGCCCCCUCCUCCGACGCAUGCUGCUGCUGAGUUUCAACUUGCCGCGCGCACUCGCACGCGCGCGCGCACGCGUCGGGAGCGCAGGAGGGGCCUCACUCGGUCGGACCAGGGGCCUCCUCGCGCCGGCCCGCGCUGCCGUUGCAGAGAGCUGGCGGGGCCACACCUCUCGCAGCUCCGCCAGGCUCUCUCGUGUCGAGAAUUCGCGCGCCAAAGGAGCCGCUUGGCAGCUCGGCCUUCCGAAAAGAGUCGCAAGCCG